AUGUGCAACAAGCAUUCCGUCAGUGUGGGCGUUGUCAAGCAGCCCUCCGUCAGUGUGGGCGUUGUCAAGCAGCCCUCCGUCAGUGCGGGCGUUGUCAGGAAGCCCUCCGUCAGUGCGGGCGUUGUCAAGAAGCCCUCCGUCAGUGUGGGCGUUGUCAGGAAGCCCUCCGUCAGUGCGGGCGUUGUCAAGAAGCCCUCCGUCAGUGUGGGCGUUGUCAAGAAGCCCUCCGUCAGUGCGGGCGUUGUCAGGAAGCCCUCCGUCAGUGCGGGCGUUGUCAGGAAGCCCUCCGUCAGUGCGGGCGUUGUCAAGAAGCCCUCCGUCAGUGCGGGCGUUGUCAAGAAGCCCUCCGUCAGUGCGGGCGUUGUCAGGAAGCCCUCCGUCAGUGCGGGCGUUGUCAGGAAGCCCUCCGUCAGUGCGGGCGUUGUCAGGAAGCCCUCCGUCAGUGCGGGCGUUGUCAAGAAGCCCUCCGUCAGUGCGGGCGUUGUCAAGAAGCCCUCCGUCAGUGCGGGCGUUGUCAGGAAGCCCUCCGUCAGUGCGGGCGUUGUCAGGAAGCCCUCCGUCAGUGCGGGCGUUGUCAAGAAGCCCUCCGUCAGUGUGGACGUUGUCAAGAAGCCCUCCGUCAGUGUGGACGUUGUCAAGAAGCCCUCCGUCAGUGUGGACGUUGUCAAGAAGCCCUCCGUCAGUGUGGACGUUGUCAAGAAGCACUCCGUCAGUGUAGGCGUUGUCAAGAAGCACUCCGCCCAACAACCCCACACGAAGGCCCAACAACCCCACACGCAGGCCCAACAACCUCACACGAAGGCCCAACAACCCCACACGAAGGCCCAACAACCCCACACGAAGGCCCAACAACCCCACACGAAGGCCCAACAACCCCACACGAAGGCCCAACAACCCCACCCACCCCGAAGGCCCACACAACCCCACACGAAGGCCCAACAACCCCACCCGAAGGCCCAACAACCCCACACGAAGGGUCAACAACCCCACACGAAGGGUCAACAACCCCACCCGAAGGCCCAACAACCCCACACGAAGGGUCAACAACCCCACCCGAAGGCCCAACAACCCACACGAAGGCCCAACAACCCCACACGAAGGCCCAGCAACCCCACACGAAGGGUCAACAACCCCACACGAAGGCCCAAGAGGCGAGAGAGAGAGAGUAAGGAAGAGACAGAAGGAGCCCAGAGCGAGGGACGCAAUGAUGUAUUCACUCCGCGCUCGGGACAUAAAUAG